UUAUAUGUCUGUUGUAUAUUUAUAUGAAGUGAGCUCUUCAGAUUUGAAUUGUUUACUGCUUAAAGAGUGCGGUUUCUGUUAGAUAAAUAGUGCUGUAGUGUAACAGCGUAGCAAGGGUGGUACAAGGAAAUAUGUAACCGCUGCAGUUUAAAAACUGACAGUUUCAGAUCGACAGUAGAAAAGCACAGUUCCAGCUGGGGAACCUGCGGAGUCAGUUUCAGCAGGAGGGUGGGGGAGGUGAAGAGAUGGAUCUGGUGACUGGGGAGGGCCAAGAUGCCCUCCCAGUCUUGGAGGGGGAGGUCUCGUCCUCGACGAGCGACGAGAGGGGGGCGGUGGGACCCGACCCCCUGGUGCCACCUCCGGAGGCCGGCGAACAGAUGGUGGUGUCCGAAGCCGGAGUGUUUCCCCAGCAGGGCUUGGAGGAGCAGGAGGUGGAAGAGGAAGUCCUGGAUGGCUCGGUGAUGGGUGACGUCGUAAGCGGGGUGCCGUCGCUGUCGCCGGACACGUCCGAAUCUGCUCUCGAGUUGUUGUGCCAGCCAUUUGAGCCCGGCCAGAGUGGUUUAGGUGAUCUUACGGAUUCGUGCUUGGACUUCAUUGUGCACCUGCAACCUGAAUGUCAGGUGGAGGGCCCUUCAGUGGAAGUAGCGACCGUGGAGGAGCUACUGUCGGAGGACGGCUGCAACAUUGACCCAGUGCUGGUGGGUGAUGGCGCUCUGGAUGAUGAGAGUGUCCUCAUCAGCACCACUGUGGGGGAGGCAGAGCUGGCAAUACUGCAAUGGGGCGAGGGCGACGACCAGGCCUGCGAGGAGGUGGUGGCUACAGCCGGUGCCAUUCCUACCAUUGGCUCAGAUGCACUCCUCUCCGACGACUCGCAGCAGUCACUAUCGAGCCAGCUGCUCGGGCGGGGAGACGAGGAUGGUGAUCCGGCGGUAGUUGCUGCCGGUAUCCGGCAUAUGCCCGGACUUCCACCAGACAGCACUACUGCCCCAGAAGCCAACAACAACACGAUCGAACGUUCACUGUUGGAGAUAUUUGCUACCGAAGAAGUGGUCUCGACAACUGGCAAUGGGAGUGACGAAGGCUCUGCAUCUGGCUCUGUGUCCCCUCUGGUGUCGACGAGCCACCAGCUACCAAUUUCAGGAGGAGUUUCCACCACCACCUUGCGUCCUUCAGCAGCUGCAUCAUCACGGGUUUCAGCAUUGCUGUGUGACCAAUCUGCAAACUCGGGAAUUGUCCAGCGACCACUUAGACAGAGCCAAGAAGUGUACAUAUCAGUUUUGCCAGGACAGUCUGAUAACUCUGUCUCAGGUACGAGAGAUGAGAAUGUUGUGCAGCAAUUGCCAACGUCUGAGACUCGAGAUGGUCAGUGCACCCAGUCAGGGACACGAGACAACGAACUCGGUGCACAGCAGAUUGAAACUGGUGAAUGCAGCCAGUCCGGUAUUGCACAGGGUGCGCCAGGAAGCAGUUCUGCUGAUAGCCUGAAUGCUGUUAGCACACCUUCUGUGAGAAUCUCUGAAUCGGCCCAGGCGGACGAGUGUACACAGUCGAGAGCGAUGGACGUAGAUGCGGCAGUAAACACGAAUGCCGAAGUUCCGCAGGCAGAAGAAUGUACGCAGUCUGGAAUACCGAGAGGAAUGAUGAGGGUCCCCGAAUUGGUUCGAGAAGAGAUUAGUGACACCGGCAGAGCUGGAGACACUCAGGGAGACGAAUGCACUCAGUCUGAGGUGUCCGCCACAGAAUCGAGGAGCAGACACGAUUCCGACGGCUCAUUGGAGCACUAUGGUGGAAGAGAAUCCCACGAAGCGGUCACAGAGAGUAGCGAACACGUAGUACGGAUUGCCGCUGAGCCGAGCGAGCCUUCUGUAAGCAGUGUCAGGAUGCCAGAGGUGCCAGAUGUAUCGAAUACUGUAGCAGAACCCAGUGGAGUCGGCCGGGAUGAGGUGGUGCAGAGUGCGGCGGCAGAAUCGAGCGAAGGAGGAGAGAUCGUGCGGAGGAUGGCCGAACCAAGCAGUGAGACUGAAUUGUUAAGAACAAGGCCCAGUAACCGGCAAGAUAGUGCGAUCUGCAGUGCACUUCAGGAGCAGCCCAGCAGUUCGGGUCGGAGGAGAGAUUUUGUAGAAUCAGUUCAGGAUUACAGCCAAGUCGAGUGCUCUACAGGAAAGAGGCCACGUACUGGAGAAUCGAGCCCAGAUAGUCGUAUUUCACAGAGCUCGUCAUCAGUAGUUAAGAGAGACAAUGUGUCUUCGAGUGGCAACAGACAGUUUACAGGAAGCAAAGGCAGAAGUGGAGAUGUACCGUCUACACCGAGGUCUGGGGUCUCUAGUACGUCUACUACAUCAUCUGGAAGAGGUCAGGGUGGGGCCGGGAUAUCUAGCAGCUCUUCGGCACACAAACUUCCGUCUGGCACCAGAGCUGGCCCUUCGUCUACAGAGGCCGGCACGAGGCACCAUGGUGCUGGGCCUUCUGGCGUACGAGAAACUUCGGAAGCUUAUGCAAAGUUGUCUUCACCUGUUGGAAGUUCAAGAAGCGACAUCAAAGUUCCUGGAGUUUCAGGUAACGUGAGGCACAAAGGGAGUGGCGGAAUAGAUGGAGAGAAUCGAGGAAAUGCUGCAGGGAAGCCACAGGUGGCACAGGGAGCUUCCCAGAGCAGUAGCUCACUCGCUAGGUCACAACCUCAUGUUCAGAGGACAGAAUCUCCUUCAGAACGAGCCACAUUAAAUCCGCAAGCUACAGGCGUACUAAAGCUGCCUUCUAAGAGGCCUCUGACUGUGGAAGAUUGUAGUGGACCAUCAGAAGUGAAGCGGCGCCUGUCCAGUGAAACUGCUGCCGGGCCUACAGUGCCCUUGCUGUCGAUACCGCUGCCUCCUGAGCAGGGAACUUUAUCGAAAACUUCACAAAAUGUGCAGUCGGCAGCAAAAGUGGCGGUUGUACCUACAGAUAGAGCUAGGCCUCCAGUGCCCUCACCACGACCUCAGGUUUCAACCAUUCAGCCACCAGUGUCUGCACACAGUAGUACAGUGCCUUCACCGGCACCGAGAUUUUCUGUGAAGGGGCCAGAACUACCCGCUUCGCAUAAACCGAUUUCAUUCACCUUGUCAAAAACUGGUCUGAAGAAAACAGUGGAACACCCGACAGGUGAAAGUGGCAGCUCUGCACAAUCUGCAGCAAGAUUACCUGAGAGAGCAUCCACCUUCCAGAAGAAAAAGGCUACAGAUCAACCAGAAGAGCCUGAGGCAUUGAAGCCCGGAGCUUCUGACAGAGAUCCCUCAGAGCAGAAUAAAAGGGAAAUAGAACACACUGAUGAGAAUGAGACCCAUAGGACUGGAGUUACUGGAAGUAGUGAGCAAACCCCUGAGAAAAAAUUGGAAAAUGUUGUGGAAACAAUUGAAGUAUCUGAAAUUCCUUUGCCUGCCGGCAUUCCAGCACCUCGUGAACUUAAGGUACAAGCUGCUCCACCACCUGCUUCAGAAUCUACUUUUCCUAAUGUCACUGAUGUUGCAAGCGUUCCUCUUCCACCAGAAAAGCCGGUUUCUGGAAAGAAAGAUGUUUCACUGUCACUGGAUCUUGUCCCGUCGCUCAACGUGUCUGUAGAAGAGAUUCCCAUACCAGGAGAAACUGGGGAGGGUACAGAGCCAAGUUCAGCAACUGUAAAACAGGGAGAGAGAUCGCCAACAGGUAGAACCUCACAGGCAGAAAACUCUUCUUCUCAAACAGAAGGGAAGGUACUAUCUCGGCUAUCUAGUCCCUUUGACUUGGCUCCAUAUGACAUUCCGUUGCCACCAGUAGAAAAACACACUUCUCUUUCCUCCUCUCUGGCUAAGCCACAGUUGGGGGAAGCUGGGGCUGAACUCCAGAGUCCAGCAAAACCGUCUACAACACCAGAAUAUAAACAGUCAUCAGAUGAAAAAUUGGAAAGUGUUGCAGAAUCAGAUGAGCCCGGUCCUUCAUCGAACCAGGUAAAAAUGAGCAUUUUGCAGUCUGCAGAAACUGAGGUGAAAUCACCAAGUGCAACUAACUUGCAAACUGUAGAUAAAUCUUCAGCUGCAGUUCCAAAAACUAAGGUGGAUAGUAGACACACACCUAGUGAUACAAGCAGCGCAGCUUCAAAAUCGGAUACAACUGCCAGUGUAAUUGAUGGAGAUGGCAAACAGAAUCCAAAUCUCAGCACCGAGGUCUCGCAGCCCUCUGCUCCAUUGACAGAAACUGUUCCUAGUGUUGAGCCCUCACAAGAUGACUUGCAAAAAACCUCUUCGGAACUGCAAUCAUUAAAAUCUGUUUUACCAGAAGCGAAGCCAGUUGCUAAGCUGAGGCCUGUUUCAUCCAACGCUCCAGCAGUCGAAGAACCGGGCAUCGGAAUUGACAGUGACAGCAGAGACUCUCCACAAAUAGCAACUCGUGAAACUGCCUCACCACCACCUGCAGCUGACGAGUAUGUCAGUUUAUGUCAAACAGAAAACACUAGCUCUCCCAUAGAGGAAAAGAAGAACAAUAUCCCUUCUGAGGGAGAGAAAUCGGUGGAGGAUAGUGCCGGGGUCCAAAUUGAUACUGAGGCUAAAGAAGUAACUCUCCUUCAAAGCGCCACCAAAGCGAGUACUUCUGUCUGUUCCACACAACGGUUAGAAAAUUCAUCUGUUGGUGAACGCCUCCCUGCAGAUCAGAACCUUGCCGAGGACUCCGAGAAGAGAAAGGUGCCAUUUGUAAAGGCCGAUGUCAAUUUAGAGCAGCCCAUUUCAGAUCCUACGCCUAGAGUACUCAAGACUAGGAAAGAUGACUGCCAGACUUCCCCAUUGGCACCUGCCCAUGCCAGUAGUGUGCCAAAAUCAGCUGUUUCCUCAGAAUCAAAAUUAGCCAAUUCAGGUGACAUAGUGAACAGAGAGGUUACACCAAGAAGUGAGUUGCCCAUUGGAGCUCCAGCCAGUCAAGUUGUAUCUCAUCCUCCUUUAGAGGAAACUGCAGUGCAGAAAAGAGAGCCUGCAUCAGAGGAGCCUCAAGCUGAGAAGCAGUUCGAUUCUUCUAUGGCCCCAUCUUCUGAAGGAAGUGAAAGAGAGAGGUUUUCAGGCCUAAAAGAUGAGCAAACAGAGGGACCAGACAACACUGUUAAAGAUGACUCAAAAGGUAACACUGUGGAAAUGCAGAUGAUGCCAGAAAAGUCGGAGGAGAGUAUGAAGGUGGUCGCACCUGUCGAAAUGGCUGUGGGGCAGGACUCCCGUCUGGAAAAGAGCUCGAAAGAUUGUACCUCAGGGAAGAGUGUAAAAGUGAAAGAGGAUAAGCAGAAACAAAGUGAAGAUUCAUUAGCUGCCACGUCUGCUCAAAAUGACACUAAUUCUGAAACUGAAUUACAAAGUCAAGCUGAGGUGAAGCCUGCCCCACAGCAGGAGAAUUUGGAAAGCCAGAAGGAAACAUCUGCACAAAGCUCAUUUCAUGAAGCAGUCGGCAAGGGUGCAGUCUCAGCAGCCAGUCAAGAAGUGUUGAAAAAAGCUACGGUGGAACCGUCUGUGGCAGAGAAGACACUUCAACGCAUGCAGCCUAUUAGGGACAAUUCAGGCCCUGCUGUGAAGGAGACAAAAGUUGAGAUGCCUGCUCCACUGACGUCUUCACCACAGAUGCGAAAACCUGCAAAUGUAGACAUGAAGAGACUUGGCGUCCCGAAGAAAAUGCCGGAAAAUAACUCGGCAGCUGUUGCGGCAGAGAAGAAUUUGGCCUCUAUAACAGAUUUGGGCAAGGGAAGAGGUCAGAAAAUGGACAUGCCAACUUCAGAAACAAAGCUGAAAUCAGUUCACAUCAGUGGGUCUUCACCUUCUGCUGUACUGAGUGCGGAUGCGAAAACAAAGAUCCAGAAAAUUGGUAUUCGGAGGACUCCAUCUGAUGCCUCAUCUUCAAAAGCAACUGUUGGAACUCCCACAACUUCACAAACGACUACAAAGUUGGAAGUGCAAGGUAAAGCUGAACCCACUACAGCACAGACGACUCCAAAAUUAAAAGUGGUAGGUAGGCCUGAAGUGGUGAAAACCCCUUCUAGCCCUUCUGUACCCAAACGAGCAACAGAGAGUCACAGCAGCUCGUCUGUAACUGUGAAGAAAGAGGUUUCGAGGUCAUCGACAGGAGCUUCGCAGUCGUCACAAGUAGGGAUGAUGGCUGUCAAGGUUCCUCCAUUUCGAGAACAGAUCAGAAGAACACAAACCGAGCAACAUGUAAAGCCAUCAUCUAGUGGUGUUUUAAAGUUACCUCUUAGUGGUUCACCCUCUAAAACAUCACAGGUUCAGACCUCAUCAAAAGUGCCACCACCUGAGGGUUCGGUACCACCGAGUGGCCAGUUAUCAUUGAGUCCGGCUCCAAGUAGAUUACCACCUGUGCAACCGCAAGGUCUUAAGUCAGCAGUGGAUAAAACUCGACAAACGCCAGUGGUGAAGAAAAUAAGUUUUGGGACUCCACCUUCUUUGGCAGAAAAGAAAAAGUUAACAAAUCUUCCUUUCCAGUCUGUUGGAAACACUAGCGCAGGGGCCUCCUCAGCACUGAAGGGGCUUGUCACUAAACCUGUUGGGGGCAGCGACAAGAGCCAGAAAAUAAAUUUCGGAAAGAAAGAACCCACAGAAGAGAGGACGGAAGUGAGCGGUGAACGUCAGCUGUCUGUAGACAAAAAAAUUGGCACAUAUGUACCGAAAAAAAGUACGCCGUCAUGUGUAUUGGUCCGUAAAAGCCCUUCAGUUCCAGAAAUGAAAGAAAUUGUGCCAGAAAGUUAUUCGCCAUUAAAAAAGUCUGUAUCCAUGACUGAUUUCUCGGCCAGUGCAGCACGAGAAGAAAAGCCAGAUGUGCAGAGAUUUGCAGAAGUAGGUGGUGGUGCUAAGAAGCCAUCAAUCCGUAGUUUACACAGUGACACAGCAGCUGCCAAGCAGUCAGAUGUGAAAUUCUCAUUUAAGGAGAAACAGGCGUCGCCAUCUAAGGCUGCACCCUCACUCUCUCAGCCGAGUUGUAUUAAAACUGCUGAGAAGCGGAAGAGUGCGGGAGAUGGGCACAAGGUACUGUGA